AAGGUCUGUCAAGGUCAUCUUGAUUUCUUUUAAAAUACAGGUGUAUUGAUGUAUUCAUCACCAAAAUAUUAAAUGUUCAUGCUUUCUUCGAAGAUGUGAUUUGCCAGCUUAGCUAUUCUAUAAUUUUCAUUGAUACAACCCAAAUUAUCUUUCACAGAUGAUGCCACCAUCACGAAAAAGAGAAUAGAGAAGCUUAAAACUCUGCAGAAGUAUCUGGUUCACAUCUUAAAAAAGGAGAUCUCCGUCAAUGAUUUAAAAGAAAUGGCAAUCAUCCAUUUGAAAUCCCUUACAGAACAUUUCUCAGAGCCAUUUCUGAAGGAUCUCCAAAUUGUAAAAGCUAGCGAUGAUUACAAUAAACUGGACAAAUCCUUGGUGUUUGUAUUGCUUAGAAAUGUCUGUCCUAACAUAAAGCCGCCAACUAGAGGUUGGGAUUAUGAACCUCCGAACACUGCUGAUGAAACGAUUGGUGCGGACAUUGAAAGAAUACGACAAAUGUGGAAUAAAUACUGCGACAAUAACUGCGAAUUUAGAAACAUGGAUGCUGUUUGGAAUAGGAUGAAACAAAAAUAUGGUACAGUGGCUGUGGAAGAGAGUAACAAUACAUCAUCAGAUGACAGGGAAGGCUCUGAAGAUAUGAAGGACAAAAUACAGAGUAUAAAACUGAAUCCAGAUUGUGUCGUCGAGCAUGGAAUUGUGAUAACAGGGGGAGUAAAGACUGCUUUACAGCUUCUAACUACAAAGAACGUGGUGAUCUGUAGAGGGACCAUUGGAUGUGGUAAAACACAGGCUUUAAGAGCAAUUCAGAGGAAAUAUGGAGAGAAAGGAUGGACGCUAAGAUGGAUGGAAGAAACUCUGCUAGACGAAAAUACCGAUGAGAAAACAUUGGUAGUUUGUGACAACAUGUUAGGCAAGUUUGGAUGUAAUACAUUCUCAUCAAAAGAAAUUUCGAAAAUUGAAAAUUUACUGGAGAAAAUUUCAGAAAAUCCAGAAGGGGAUAUCAAAGUUGUUGUUGGAAUUCAUCAGCAUGUGUUGGAUGAAGUCAAGAAAACUAACCAAUUGAGAUUUCUGCAAAAUAGAAAUAUUACAGUUGACUUAGAUAAGCAGUCAGAGGCAGAAACACUGUUAAUAUUCAAAGAACAGCAGAAAAGGGGUCAUUGCCGAAAGGUUCCAAACUGCUGGUUUAGAAGUAUUGACUUUGCAUCAGUGAGUGCCAAACUAUCACUAAACCAAGGCCAGAUUGGCAGUCCUUUCCUGAGUUGGAUGCACUGCUGCCAUCAUGAAUUGUUUUCUGAUGAGGCUUUCAGCAAAGCCCCUCUUGAGAACUUGUUAACAGGCUUUCAGAAAAUGAAAAUUUAUUCAAGCGAACUUUACUAUAGUCUUGUUUAUAUAAUGUGUGUUCGAAAACACAGGUUUGGAAAUCAAUUGGAGAACUUUGCAGGUUAUAUUGAGGCAAGUUUAACAACUGAUUCUUUAGAGAACGCUAUCAGAACCACACCUGGUUAUUUUCAAGUGGACAACAACACUGUGACACUGGCGCAUGAAGUUUUAACCAUAGCUUUAUUCAAGGCUGUAGCCAAAGUAGAGGAAGAUCUAUAUCCUGUCUAUAGACACUGUGAAAUAGAAACAAUACUACAGUUGACGAGACCCGCUGAUGAACUUCAAAGUGAAUUUGCUUAUGGAUUUGAUUAUCCACAAAAAAAGACUAACGCUAAAACUUUGGGCAAGAUAUUGGUGAAGAGAUGUAUAGUAGAAGACACAAAUGGGAAACAAUGGUUCACUGUUGAUCAUCCUCUGAACAAGCAUAAAUUUUUUAUUGAGAUAUAUCCAAACUAUCCAAAGAAAAUAGACCCAGCAUCGCAUUAAGUGAAAGCUAAGCCGGAUGAAAUAUUGACAUGUACAGUAUUGAUUGUACUUUACUUAGAAGUAGUAUGUUAUGUGUAAUAUUGACUGUACAGUGAAGCUGCAUUAUAUGUAAAUGUUGUAUGUACAUUAUUGUCAUGCAGCAUGAUAUGUGAAAUAAUGACUAUAUAUUACUUUGAUGUAUAUACUUAUGAUAUAUUCAUGUUCAACUGAUCAGAUGAACCAGUAUAUUUAUGUGUACAUGCAUGUAAAUUUCUGCCAGACUAUUUUGUGAUAAGGGUCAGUUUUAGUGUAAUGAAAUUAUUGCAGAAAUGUACAAACUUGCUACACUUUUGCCAGCUGCAAUUCCAUAUAGUCUGUGUUAUGUUUACUAAAAAAAUUACUAAAGUUUAUCUAGCAAUCUAUACAAUGUACAUGCAAUACUUGUUCUAGCCAUAACAGUAUUUACAUUACAUUGCUACAAGUAUUAAACGAGCAUUGUAUUUUAUACUUAUUUAGCAAAAUGAAUUUACAGCUUGGUUGAAUGUUUUUAUCAUUGAUUACAAAGUUAGUAGAUCUUAUUUCUUCAGUAGAUGGUACUUCCGUGACUUUUUCUACCUUUUGCAAUAAAGCUACAAUGAAUAUAUAAUUGUUAGGAUCUUGCACAUGCAUUGACCUUUAUGCACGUGAUUUUUAUUAAGUUACAGCGAUGCAUACAUUGCUUUGGAAGUUGAAAUGUACAAGAUAGAGAUGACUGGAGAUAGAUGUACAAAAGUGAAGACUAAAGGAAGCUGUAUUUAAUCAAGAUUUGAAAAUGGUCAAAGUAAAAGUUUACUGGAGAUAAUCCAACAUUGUAAGCUUAAAGGAACUUCGCUUUGUGUAGACCGUGUUCAUAUUAUAUGAUUAAAUCAUGUUGUAUUAGUCAUAUAAUAUAAUAGUACUAGUAUUGACAGAAUUAUGCAACAAUAUAGAUUCUUUUAUAGUAAAAUUUCAAUAACGCUUCAUAGUAUGUGUUUUCUUUUUAACUGAACUGUAUUGAGGGCUCGAUGAACUGUAUUUUAAUUUU